GUAUACUUCACUAAAUGUAGUUUCUCUACCAUGUAAAAUUAAGCCCAAACAGUCCACUAUAAUCAUCGUAAUGUCAUUGAAUCAUCCAAGUCUACUGAUAAUAUCCCCUCAUAUUUUACCCAAUUUCGACAUUUUUUCAGUCCAUCGAGUUUUUUUACAGACUAACUAAACUUAAGAUCAACCUUUAAAACAUCAUUGAUAUCGUUUCGUUUUACUUCAGAUCUACUAUCUUAUUCAGAUUUCCUUCCGAACACCAAGUUAAAUCAAAGCGAAGGACAAUGUCUUCAACACGCAGCGAUGUCUCGGUGCUUAUCCCGUUCUCCAACGAGAACAAGGAAAAGGAGGAAACCUUGCGUCAAUGCCCCUCUGUACAGGUGUCUGAGGUGAUCUUCAGCAAUAUCGACGAGAAAGAAACACUCCUGGACUACGUACAACGAGUAAAGAAGCUCGUCGCUGAGCACAAUGUCAACAUCAUUCUCCCCACCAUUGACCUCUCCACGUUCGUGCACGCCGCCAUUGCCAAGGACUUCCCACACAUCCCCGGGCCCAGUGUCGAGUCAUGCUACCUGGCUUUCCACAAGGCCUAUACACGGCAGUAUCUGGACUCCGGGGAAAGCCAGACCCCCUACGAUGUGGUGGACCUGGAUUCACCGACUAUGCUGCAGGACGCCGAGCGGGCCUUGGAAAAAAUUGGUCUACCGGCGUUCGUCAAGCCGGCAGCGGCGUUUGACACGUUUGGCGUGGCCAAGGUGGAGAACUUGGAAGACCUGAAACGCGCCCUGCUCAACCUCCGGACAAUGAGGGAUGAAAAUCCUGGCUUCACGUCCUCUCCAAGUGCUCCUUUCUUCAAGGAUUAUUUCAAACAAUAUCUGGACGUGGAAAAGCACCCCCUCGCUCUUCGGGACGUUGUGAUUGUGGAGCCGUACUUGGACGCCGUGGCUCUCUAUACCGUGGAUGGAUGUGUGGUGGACAAAGAGAUUGUGCCUUGGACAAUCACAGACGAGCUCCGUUUCGACCACCAAGAAGCCAAGUUCAUGACCGUGAUCGCUCCGACCUCCGAGCCGGCAGACUUACAGGAGCGGAUAUGGAAUGUCUACAUGGGCGUCAUGACCAGGAUGGUCCAGUUUGGCUUCAACAACUGCUUCACAAACAUCGAAGUCUUCAGAAUGAAGGAUGGACAGCUGAGGCUGUGUGAGGUAAAUGCCAGGGGGUCCAAGCAGAUGCAAGGUUGCUACAGACAGAGCUACAAGAACGCUAACCAGGACUACGUGUACCUGGCUGCCGGCCGCGGGAUGAAGUACACAACACCACCCCAGACGGGGAGGUGGUCCAGCGCCUAUAUCGUCAAGUUUGACAAGCUGGAAAGGCCCGGAAAUCUGAUGGACUUUGACCAGCUGGAAAAGCUGAAGUCGGAUCCUGAUGUGUACAUCUUGCUGUCGGCAGGUCCUGACGAUGAGGUCACGAACUUCACCGGCAGUGCCGGAUGUCACUUCUGCUGGGUGUUCACCUAUGGUGACUCCAGGGAAGCCAUGAUCAGGAAGCUGGUCGAUGUGCUUAAACUUAUCACAGACGAGCUCCGUUUCGACCACCAAGAAGCCAAGUUCAUGACCGUGAUCGCUCCGACCUCCGAGCCGGCAGACUUACAGGAGCGGAUAUGGGAUGUCUACAUGGGCGUCAUGACCAGGAUGGUCCAGUUUGGCUUCAACAACUGCUUCACAAACAUCGAAGUCUUCAGAAUGAAGGAUGGACAGCUGAGGCUGUGUGAGGUAAAUGCCAGGGGGUCCAAGCAGAUGCAAGGUUGCUACAGACAGAGCUACAAGAACGCUAACCAGGACUACGUGUACCUGGCUGCCGGCCGCGGGAUGAAGUACACAACACCACCCCAGACUGGGAGGUGGUCCAGCGCCUAUAUAGUCAAGUUUGACAAGCUGGAAAGGCCCGGCAAUCUCAUGGACUUUGACCAGCUGGAAAAGCUGAAGUCGGAUCCUGAUGUGUACAUCUUGCUGUCGGCAGGUCCUGACGACGAGGUCACGAACUUCACCGGUAGUGCCGGAUGUCACUUCUGCUGGGUGUUCACCUAUGGUGACUCCAGGGAAGCCAUGAUCAGGAAGCUGGUCGAUGUGCUUAAACUUGUAGUGAAGAAGCCAGAGCGGCUGACAUAUCCAGUACACUAUGGGAUGUAAGGACCAGUCUUUUGGGUGGCUAGUGUAAUGGAUAUAAAAACCAAAUACAAUUUUUUCGAGGUGCAGCUAAUGUUGGUGAAGUGUUUAAACUCCAGAAAUGAUGGGUGACC